AUUCCGACCCGGAAGUCAAUAAACUUCACGUGUUGGUGUGUGUAAAAAUGUCCACCGGCGUAGCAGUGAAAAGACCCCAAACUGUGCCCUCUCAGGCGGAAGAGAGGGUGGACUGGAAGAAGAGGAAAGCAGAAAUAAAAGAGGCUAAGAAGAAAAGGAAAGAGGCCAAGCUGAUCAAAGAGUUGGAAAAGCAGAAACAGCAAGAAGCUGCAGACAGAGCGCAACAUGAACAAAGCCAAAACAGUAAAGGUCGGGCAUACACAGUGAGUGUGGCUCUGCCAGGUUCUGUUCUAGAUAACGCUCAGUCCACUGAACUUCGUACGUACCUGGCCGGACAGAUCGCCCGAGCCUGUGUUGUGUUCUGUGUCGAUGAAAUCGUUGUGUUUGAUGAACAAGGGGAAGAUGUCAAGAGCGUUGAAGGAGAAUUUAAAGGUGUUGGGAAGAAGGGACAUGCUUGUAUUCAGCUUGCAAGAAUACUUCAGUACCUGGAAUGUCCACAGUAUCUGCGUAAGUGGUUUUUCCCAAAGCAUCAGGAUUUACAGUAUGCAGGUUUGCUCAACCCUUUAGACAGUCCUCAUCACAUGAGGAUAGAUGAUGAAUCACAGUACCGGGAAGGAAUAGUCCUCGACAGGCCGAUCAAACAAGGAAAAGGCUCGUUGGUCAACUGUGGGAUGAGAAAGGAUGUUCGGAUUGAUAAACAGCUGCAGUCUGGACUUCGAGUCACUGUGAAACUCAAUAAGAUGCAGAAUCAAGAGAGCAAACUGUGUAAAGGCAUGGUUGUGGCUCCUCACCUGCCCAGGACUGAAGGAGGGCUUUACUGGGGUUACACUGUCCGCCUGGCAUCUUCCCUCAGCGCAGUGUUCACAGAAAGUCCCCAUGAAGAUGGAUAUGAUCUGACGAUUGGUACAUCAGAGAGAGGCAGCAACAUUGACCAAACAACCCUUUCGCCAUUCAAGCAUCUCUUGGUAGUUUUUGGAGGGCUCCAGGGACUGGAGGCCAGUGUAGAUGCUGACCAAAACCUGGAUGUGACCGACCCCAGUGUUUUAUUUGACCUUUACCUCAACACAUGCCCCAAUCAGGGCAGCAGGACCAUUCGCACAGAGGAGGCCAUCUUGGUUUCCAUGGCAGGGCUGAGACAGAAGAUCACAGCUGCCUUUUCAGAUGCUCCCAAUGGUUCAUUAAAGAAUUAGUGAUGAGACUAAACAGACAAGCUGGCUGACAUUUUGUCACAAAACUGGUUCC